AUGGUCCCUCUACGGAUAAGUGAUCUGUGCCUCUACGGAUGCCAGAUGGUGAUCGGUAAGAGAAGCAAUGAUGGCCAUGAUAAGGAGAAAGGCUACCAGUAUGAUGUGUCUGAUAUUUGGGAAGGCUUCUCGAUACUGAAACGUGGUGGUGACAGCACUAACUCUGGUAAUAGAUGCACUUCUCUUUUGGACUCUUCUCAUUCAGAUGCUGAGAGCAAUGCUGGUCCUGAUCUUAAUGCUGGUAGAAGAGCCUUGACCAUGUGUAUAAUUACUACUGGUCAAUCCCUUUCACUUGUUGAUGGAAUUGGUUUUCAGCGUUUUGUUCGUGCUCUUAAUCCGUUUGUCUCUGUAAGCCGCUCAACUUUAGACCAAGAUCUGAUGGCUCUUUAUGGAAGGGAAAAGGAUACUCUGCAUUCCAUCAUAUCUGAAACACCUGGCGGGUUCAGUUUUGCUAUUGAUAAGUGGAGGUCUAAAGAGACUGGUGAUAACUAUAAUGAUGACAUUUAUCUUUGUGUCACUGCUUGCUUUGUUGAUGCUGGCUGGAAGUUGCAGAGAAGAAUAGUGGGUUUUAAAUUCAUGGAAUUUCCUGAUGAUGUCACAUCUGUUGCUGAGACUGUAGCAUUGUGUCUUAGUGAAUUGAAAUUUGACAAGAAGGGCAUAGGCAUAACUUUGGAUAAUGAUACUCUGAACAAUAUUGAAUAUGAAGCUUCAAUGCCUGAUUCACUCAAGACUGUUCUUCAUGAUAAGUGCAAGUUAUUGUGGGAUGGUGAAUUCUGUCAGGUACAUUGUCUCACAGAUAUCUUGAAUUCUGUUGUGCAAGCUAGUCUAGGGCUGAUUUCUGAUAUUAUUAGCAAGAUUCGUCAUGGAAUUCAUCAUAUCACUUAUUCAGCUAGUACCUUGGAUGCUUUUUAUCGUUUUGCCAAAGACAUUUGUCAUUUGGAUGUUAUGAAGCUACGUGCUGAUCUGGUUGUUACUUGGGACUCAGCUUACAAGAUGCUGGGCUGUGCCAUACAUUACCGGGAUGCUUUCACUCACUUUGCAUCAACAGAUGAAACCUUUUUGUCCGAAUACCAUCUUUCAGAUGAUGAGUGGAACAAGGUAGCAAUUGUAGAGAAGUUUUUGAAGCCAAUUUAUGAUAUAACUUGCAUAUUUAUACGCACAGAAUUCAAAACUUCCAAUUUGUACUUUCUUGGAGUUUAUAAAGUUUACAGAUUGCUAGAAGUGACAAAGGAGCGUGAUAACUUCAUGUCUGCUAUGGUGAAAGAUAUCAAAGUGAAGUUUGACAAAUAUUGGGUGGAGUGUAGCCCAAUUUUAGCUUGUGCAGCUGUUCUUGAUCCUCGUUACAAGCUCAACUUAGUCCGCUACUGUUUCAGAAAGGUCUAUGGGGAAGCUGAUUCUGCCCAACAUGUUGAUAGAGUUGUUGCAUUGCUCCACCGAUUGCUAGCUGAGUAUGAAAAAUCUUCUUGUUUAUCUUUGGUUGGGACUAAUGUUGUUGAAUACCAUGCCAAGGACGAUCUGUUUGAUGAUUACCCUCCACAAGAGCAAAUAUCAGAGCUGGAUUGGUAUUUGCGGUUGCCAACGAUGGAUCUAAACACCGAUCUUGAUAUCCUGGAGUUUUGGAGCGUUAUGUCCAAGUGUUACCCUGAUCUUGCAAGCUUGGCUCGUGAUAUCCUUGCUGUUCCUAUCUCCACAGUUGCUUCCAAAUCUGCAUUUAACACUCAGGAAAAAAUCUUGAAUCCUCAUCGAGGUAGUACGCUCAGUCCAGAUUUACUUGAGAUGCUUAUUUGUCUCCAUGACUGGACAUGUCCAAAAGACAAAAAUGGAAUUUCUCUAUCUGCUGUCGAAGAGUAUUAUAGUGAUGGCGACGAAGAGGAUGAUGGACUGGGAUAUGAUGAUAAUGAUGAAGAAAAGGUAAUGGAAGAAUCUGAUGACUAUGACGAGGAGAGCAAAGAAGAUGAUGAGGACAGUGACAACUAUGGUUCCACUGAGGACAGUGAUAAUUAG